AUCCCGCUAGAUUUUAUUUCAAUGUAGUAAUUGUAUUGUUUAGCAAUUUAUUUAAAAAUUCAAAUUUCAACUAUAUAAACAUUCCAUAAUACUUUUGUUUCCAACUCAUAAAAAAUGACAAGCGGUUAUCAAUUAAAUGAAGACAGUGAUAACGAACAACAUCUAGCAACAACAACUACAGUGGUAGCAGAAACAACAGUGACAGCAGCAACAAGUACUGCGAAUAUACAAGUGGCAGGUGUAGCCAGCGGCAGUGGCAACGACGUUCCAGAGCAUAUCAGAAAGUUUGUAUUUACCAACCAAAAAGGUAACGCGGAUGAAGGUGAAGCUUCCGACGAACCCAUUGAAACAAUAGAAAUUCAAAUACCUGAGAUUCUACAAAGUGGAUACUCUUUCUAUACUUGGCCGUGUGCUCCCGUUCUAGCGUGGUUCUUGUGGGAAAGGCGUAAGAAUCUUGCGAGUAAACAUAUACUAGAAUUAGGAGCGGGUACUGCGCUUCCGGGCAUAUUGGCAGCAAAGUGUGGUGCACGUGUUAUACUUAGCGACAGUUGCAUAUUGCCGAAAUCUUUAGCACACAUACGAAAAUCUUGUUUAACUAAUAAUCUUGUACCAGGAAAAGAUAUAGAAGUCAUUGGUGUUAGUUGGGGCUUAUUGUUAAAUAGUGUUUUUAAUAUCGGACCACUUGAUUUAAUUAUAGGAGCGGAUUGUUUCUACGAUCCGAGUGUUUUUGAAGAUAUACUUGUGACUGUUUCCUUCCUUCUUGAAAGAAACCCUCAAGCUAAAUUCGUUUGCACAUACCAAGAGCGAAGUGCAGAUUGGUCCAUUGAAGCACUAUUAAAAAAGUGGAAAUUACGUGCAGUACCUAUAAAUACGGACGAAGUGGGUAAAAGUUCUGGUAUUGAUUUAUCGGAAUUUAUGGGCGGUCAUACUAUACAUCUGAUUGAAAUUACAAAGGAACCUAAAAAUUAACCUAGCUUAAAUAUAUUUAAAAUGUCUGCAGCACGCAAUACUUAUAAACUGUUUGUCGGUAACCUACCAUGGA